AUGGAUUAUUGUUCGUCUUUAAUAUCUGAAGAUCGAACGACAUAUUUAAAUGAUUUAUAUCAACAUUUACCUUCUGGAAAAAGUGAAAGAGGAGAAACUCAAGAUGAAGAAGAAUCUUCAACGAUUCAACAUAAAACAAAUUCAUAUCCGAUUGUUGAAGCACUUAAUGAUACUGAAUUAAGAGAAAGUAUUAAACGAAUUCAAUUGAUUGUUAUUGCUUUACUUAUUGAUAAACAAGCAAAUUUAGGUGGUAAGUCUUAG